AUGGCGGCCUUAAUUCACCAGCCUUUCCCAGGGCAGCAAGAGAUCGUUUGGGCCGCCCCCCUGGUUGCCAAAAGCUUGACCCGACUGCGAUCUGCACGACACCGGUCGACCACCUAUCAGGAGCGGGGGAUUCGCUAUCCCAGUCGCUAUGCUGAUUCGUUGAGUGGGUGGAGGGGGAGGCCGAACCAUCUUCUUAGAAGUCAUGAAGUGUUACGUGAUGCACGAAACGCUCAACACCGUGGGACAUUGUUUGAUGACGCAAUGCAACCUUGCCAAAGCCCACGGCCAACGACAAACUCCACCACAAUUCACAAAAACCAUCACUUUGCCAUCUCAAGAACCGCUCACUUGCACCACAUUUUCGGUUCCCCACGUUUACCGGAAAAUCAGCUGGCACCAGGCCUUCGGAAAAGCCAUGGAUGUGGGUCUGCCUUACUUACUAGCGGCUCGCUCGUUGCUCGUUCAUUGCUCUUUCGGCAACCUCAGCUCUCGCCACGAGAGAUCGACAUACCCUAUUCAGCCCAGCAGUCAGCACCACAACAAGAUGCAUGUCGUGGCGCACCUGCACGUAAGCUUUGCGAAGCUUUGAACACAUCAACCCUGCGUCAGCCUUGCCCGAGUUUUGCUGGAAGCCGUGCAAGGCGCCGGGCGAGACGGUGUAUGUCCGCCAAUGCUAGCAAAUGCUGGAUGGCGGCAGCCAAUGCAGAGGUUCCUUGGGACGGCAGUUAG